CCCUCCUCCACGCCCUUUGCCCUCUACCGAGCAUCCAACAGCGCCAAUGCCGGCAACUUGACGCGCAGGCGCCCAUGUGAGAAUCCAUGCAACUCACCAUCCGCGUCUAGAACUCGGAAACCCCGCCUGUCGCCAUGGACAAGAAGCGGAAGCUCCCUCCCAGAGCUUCGGCUCGCGUCGAGCAGCGCUCUAGCAGACGCCGACUCGCCGCAACUCGUGAGAAAUCGCCCACGCCGGUCCCAACACCAGAGCCCAUCAAAGAAGAUACUCCCCCGCCUCCUCCUCCUCCUCCGCUGCCGACAGCAAUAGAAGCUGGGCUCCCUCUGCCCACAGUUGAGGUUGCUCAACCGGACGAUCUCUCCUCUACUGAAUACCAGUCCAUCUUGGAAAGUGGUGUUCUGACGGAAUCACUCGCCCGGUCUCGCCAAAAAUGGAUCAGCGAAGGCUUGUUCGAAAAAUACUGGACGAAACCUCACAAGCGCAAGGGUGUCAUGAUCGAAGACCCCAAGAACCCUCCGAAAGAUUCCAUGUCGCGUGUUGGCGCCGUGACCAUUAUUAUCGAACCUCAUAUUAUCGAAGCUACCAUGUAUACUGUCAAAGGGCCGAAACCGAAGCCACAAGAGCUGCUGCCACAACAACAGCAGGCACAGCAGCAAAUGUACGCGCAUCCUCAAUAUCAACAAUCGCAUCUAUCACAACAACAACAACAACAACAACAACAGCGUCCGAUUAUACAAUAUGGGCCUCCGAAUGGGGCCAUGCCGCAGCAAGGGGUCCAGUCUCCCGUGUCUACUGGCCCAGCAAGCGGCCACUCGACUCCAGCACCACAAUCAGCUAAUGGCCCAUCGCCAGCUCCAGCUGCUGUGCCAGCACCCGCAGCAACACCAUCUAAUCCUGCGACAACACCUACCGCGCCGCAGCUAAAACAAGAACCCGUCCCGGCGCCUCCAGCAUCAAGCGUGCAGCCGAAGCCAGCCACUGCUACGAAACCUACACCGGCCUUGGCCGUUAAAUCCGAACCUACGGCUUCACAACCCGCAAAAGCAGCACCAGUAGCACCCGCUGUUUCCAAUCCAGCAGCCCCGAGGGCACCAGCGCCUGCAGCUGGGACGGCGGCUCCAGCUGCUAAACCGGCAACUAAUGGGCCGGUCAUUGCAAUGCUGGCUGCCAAAGCCUCGGGAGACACUGCAUUGAGAGAUCUGAUGAAGAGAGUUGCAGUGGGCAAAGCUAAUCACGAAGAACUCGCGCACUUUCAGAAAAUCAUAAAUCAGCUAACAGAGGAACACGAGAAAAAGAUGGCUUCACAACUUCCCACAGCGGAUCAACUCUAUGUUAAUGGUCGAACUGUAAAGUACUACUCCUCGGAAGUUAAAACUAUCCUUGAGGUUGUGCUCCGGUCAAACCCUACGCAGAAAUCAGCUGAUCUACGACCGCCUGAAGGCAGCGAUCCCUUUGUGGUGCUCGUAGUGAAGACUGCGCUUGAGGACCAGCGAACAAGAGACAUGAUCCGUCGCAUUGCUGAAGGCAAAACCAACCCGACAGAUGCUAGAGAUCUUAAAGAAAUUCUCGACAGACUCUAUCGCGACGCGCAAACGCUUCCGCAGAGCAUUUAUGGACACCCUGGGCAUAGAAUGCCGAUGCAGAAUGGAAUGCGCCCUGGCCAACCGAUGCAGCACAUGAACCAGCAAGCUAUUCGAGCCAAGCCCCCACCUCCAAACAGGCCUGAAAUUGCGUCCGUCGUCUUUGACUUUGGCACUGGAGACCGCUAUACUUUCCCCAAGUAUAGCAUUUUAGAGUUUUUGCCUACAUCAGCUGGACAGCAGGUCAUUGCCUCGUUCCUCAUUGUUCGGAAAGGUAGCGUCUCCGAGUAUGGGGGCGAUCCAUCAUUGGACUACUAUCAGCCCGUGACUAUUCGACUACAAACAAGCACUGGCCGUCACUUGGAGAACCUGGCCCGCGUUGUGGCACAUCAAGAUGAGGUGCGCCGGUACAUGGACGACGUGAUGGAUAAUAUGACCCGAGCGGAAUAUGUGCUUCUCGCCAUGCGUCUUCCACGAGAGCUCAAAGAUGAUGACGAUGACGAAGACGUACCAAACGAGAGUGCUGCAGAGGCAAAAAAUGACGCCGGCCAAGCAGCAAUCUUGGAGUCUGAUGAGCCCUCUGUCCUGUGGACUGUGAAUGCAGGUACAUCUUUGUCGGACACACAAGUCCCCCGAUCACUGCAGCCUCUAGAUUUGGAAGAAGAAGCACAAGAAAAGUAUCAGCGUCUCGUUCGGUCCACUGCCGAGAGAAACAUCGAGCUUGUAUGAUUAUGAAACCUUUGCAACUAAGUUGGGAUGGCGUACUGGUGGAGUUUUUGAAAUGAUGCCAUAUACCUUUUUUUCUCUUUGUCUUCUUAGAUGACGAGCAACAUAACGUUCACCUUUGCAAGGGCAUAUGUAGAUGUAUGCAAGAACAGAAUAUAUGAAGAAGUUGCAAGAAUUCCUGCUCUUGGUCCGUCACAUGUGUGUGCUAGUAUACGACGACAGACCGGUGAUCGUUGCGAUGUCAAAAGAAGAAAACAAACUUGGGGUUUAAAGUUGAAAAGUUAGAGUUGAUAAAGUUAAAGUUGAAAAUGUAAAAUUGAGGAAUGAUUCUCCCACU